AUGGCUCGUUCAGUCGCCAUCGCCGUCGUUUUAGCCGCGCUGGCCGCCGUCAUCUGCGCCGCGUCAUCUGUCAGCGCGGUAACCCCCGCGCCCGCAAAAGUACCAGCCCCGUCCGCCAAGGGCGCGCCCGUUCCCCCAGCAGCGGGCGGAGCAGCGCCGAAGCCAGCGGCGAGCGGAACAGCGCCGAAGCCAGCAGCGGGCGGAGCAGCGCCAAAGCCAUCGCCGCCUCCGACGAAGGCGCAGCUGCGCGCCGAGCUGAAGAAGCUGUCGGCGGCGAUCACGGCGAAGUACCCCAAAUACGCCAAGUACUCGACGCAAGUCAACAAGGCCAUCAACAUCGCCCUGAACUCCAAGUACAAUCUGACGGCGCUGCAGAGCGCCACGAUUCUGCUGUUGAGCGACGCGGUGGCGGACAGCCUGGCGCUGCGCUUCAAGGGAAAGAAGAUUUCCAACGACGCGGCGUACAACCUCACGGCCGUGCAGAUCGUCGCGACGCGCCUCACGCUGCCGCAGCUGCAGGCGGUCAAAAAGGGCCAGCUGCUGCCGACGCAGCUCAAUGGAGUAAGCCUCGUGAAAAUGUCGAAGGCUGGCCCGAGCGUGGUCCUGGGGCAGCAGGGGCUGGCGAAGGCCACGUGGAGCACGGUGAUGGAUCCAGAGAUGUAUGUUGGACCGUAUUUCGUCGCGCAUGGAGUUGACAACCCGCAGUUCCCCGUGGGCACCAAGCUACCCGCGUAA